AUGGCCGACCCCUUCGAAGUCCGUUUGCGCUUCACAAACCUACUCUCCCACCUCUCCGCCUCCAGCACCGCCAGUAUCCGAUGCGCCCAAUACGCGCUCAAACACCGAGACAUGGACGAAGACCUUCACUCCUGCAUUCUCGAACAGCUGGAACGGAACAACAUGAACAAUCGUGCGAAUAUCAUGUACUUCCUUGAGCACUUUUGCGAAUUGAGUAUUAAGGAGGGGUAUGAGGAGUAUGUAGUUAUGAUUCGGAGGGAUAUUGGAAGGAUUGUGGAGGCCGUGGUUGCGGCGCCCGGAGAGGUUGGCGCGGGUGGAGGUGGGGCAGGGGCUGCGAAGGCGAAUGUUAAGGUAGUGAGGAGGGUGGUGGGCGUGUUGGGGGAGAAGGGAGUGUUGGGGCAAGAGGUGGUGGAGGAGAUGGAGGGGCUGUUGAGAGAUAGAGAAGGGGCUUCUGUUGGGGGGUUGUUGGAGGAGGAUGAGGAGAAUCGGGAGGGUGCGGCGGAGGAGGUUAGUGGGGAUGCAGAGAUGGGCGAGGGGGUAAACGUGGCGGACGUACCAAAGGAGGAUCUCACAGCUAAGGAGCAGAGGAUGGAUGUCGAUAGUAGGCAUACACCCAGGGUGGGGAGUGGAGGCGCUGGGGCUGGGCCUGGUGGAAAGCAGGUCAAUGGGGCGGUGAGGAUGGAUAAAAGGGUUAUUGAGCAGAGGAUAGAAGAAGACCGGGAGAGAAACAAAAGGCUGAGAGAGAGUGUGUGGGCGGUGGGAAAGGAUGACCAGGAAGAACUGGACAAGAUGUGGGAUGAGGGCAGCGACGUGGGAGACGACGACUUUCUAAUGGCCCGGGAGGAGGCGGAGGAACGGAGACAAGGGGCGUCGUUCAGUCAUCAACUGCCGGUUUCGUGA